GCGCGGGCGCCAUGGAGUACCUGAUCGGCAUCCAGGGCCCCGACUACGUGCUGGUGGCUGCGGACACGGUGGCGGCCUCCAGCAUCGUCCAGAUGAAGCACGACCAUGACAAAAUGUUUAAGAUGAGUGAAAAAAUCUUACUCCUGUGUGUUGGGGAGGCUGGAGACACUGUACAGUUUGCAGAAUACAUCCAGAAGAAUGUUCAGCUCUACAAAAUGAGAAAUGGUUAUGAAUUGUCUCCUACUGCAGCUGCAAACUUUACACGGCGCAACCUCGCUGACUAUCUUCGGAGUCGAACCCCUUAUCAUGUCAACCUUCUCCUGGCUGGCUAUGACGACCAGGAAGGCCCUUCCCUUUACUACAUGGACUACCUGGCGGCUCUGGCUAAAGCUCCUUUUGCAGCACAUGGAUAUGGUGCAUUCCUUACGCUCAGCAUCCUUGACCGCUAUUACAAGCCAGGUAUGACACGUGAGGAAGCCGUGGAGCUCCUAAAGAAAUGUCUAGAGGAGCUUCAGAAACGCUUCAUCCUCAAUCUGGCUUCUUUCACUGCCCGGUUCAUUGACAAAGAUGGCAUCCACGACAUGGAAAAAAUACCCCUUCCAAAAGCGACGUCCUAACCUCUCAGAUCUUUCUUCAGCAGUCUCUGUCUUUUUUUUUUGUUCACUUCUGGGUGUUUUUCUAUUCACUUGGAGCACACAAGUCAUGUACUGCACUGGGAGAUUGAAUAAAGAUUGACAUUUAUAUAGCCA